AUGGCGCCUGGUAUACUAGCCCCUGAGCCGACCUUCACGGUCAAGGAGAUGGUGAAAAGUACCAAGGAGAAGCACAACUUUGGAGCAGUUAUUGACGAUCUCGACCUUGAUAACAUCAGUGACUCCGACGUGAAGGCACUAUCUGAUGCGAUCUGGACCCAUAAGCUGGUGGUUGUCAAGGGCCAGAAGGAUCUCGCACCCAUUAAACAAUGGGAGCUUGUCACACGCUUCGAUCCUAAAGCACCUCACGUGCACUCCCACGGUGAUGUGAAGACCUUCCACAAGCAGGGCGGCUUACUUUCGAAAGGACGUGAUGUUGUCGGUAUACCUGGUGCAGAAAACGUUCGUCUAAUCGGCAAGGGCUACCAGGGAGCAGACCACUACGGUAUCAAAGACACGACGAUCAAGAAGGAAAUCGCACAUGCAUGGCAUGACAAACCGCUUUCAGCAGAAGAAUAUGCCCAAGGCCAUACACGCUUCCAGAGGUGGCAUAUCGAUGCACCACUAUAUGCCCGCGAUCCAGCCUGGUUCACAACGCUCCGCUGCAUCAAGCGACCCACAUCCCCUGAACUGACCAUACAUUGGGAUGACGGCAGUGGUUUGACCAUGACCACCGAACCUGGUCUGACCGCCUUCUUCAGCAACGUCCAGACAUACAACAUGAUGACAGAGCAAGAAAAGAAGAUUGCUGAUCACUCAUGGGUCGAGUACGCACCUCAUCCUUACCAGUGGAUGGGUGACUGCAAAGCCCGAUCGCACGGCCUAGGCGUAGUAAGCCAAGGUAAAGAGAAAUUAUUGGAAGACCUUGGCCCUUACGAUGAGAAAGAUAUCAAGCGCUACCCAAUGGUAUGGGUCAACCCCGUAACCGGCGAACGAGCCUUUAUGGUUCAUGGUAUCUGCGUCCGGCGAGCUUUUGUUCGCUCCAGCGAAGACGAGGAACCGACUAUCAUCGAUCAUGUAGCUGAGAUAAGGGAGUGGCUAAAGCCAAUUCAGGAACGCGUUCUCAAGCCUGAGUAUAUCAUGCUACCGAAGGUGGAGGAGGGUGACAUCAUCAUGUGGGCGAACUAUCAAAUGUUUCAUACUGCGGUUGAUUACCCAGAUCAUUGGGGUGCGAGGACAAUGCAUCAGGCUAACAUUGGUGCCAGUAGUGGGCCAGUUGGACCGGUGAUUGUUCCUGGUGUUGCGUAGGAGAAGGCAUUACAAGGACAUUUCACAGCGAGUAUAAAGUUCGAGAACAUGGCCAACGUACUUCCAUUAGUUUCUUCUUAAUGUCACGACUAC